UAGCUUCAGCCCUCAGGACGCGCUUCCCUGGGACUAAAGUUGGACCAAAUUUGGUUGUAAAUGUUCUCCAUGAGAGAAUUAAAAACGCAUUUCGGAAAGGAAAGUGGUUUAACCGGAGCUCUCGCUCAGCUGGAAGUUUAAAGCGACACUUUGGGAUUCGAGUGAACGUUAAAGCGAACUCGCCAAGGAUAUGGCCCUGGACGGUAUACGGAUGCCUGACGGCUGCUAUGCCGAUGGCACAUGGGAACUGAAGAUGCAUGUGACCGAUCUAAACAAGGACGUCUCUCUGAGAGUCACUGGAGAAAUCCACAUUGGUGGAGUCAUGCUGAAGCUUGUAGAGAAACUUGAUGUAAAAAAGGACUGGUCAGAUCACGCACUGUGGUGGGAGAAGAAGAAGACAUGGCUGCUGAAAACCCACUGGACGUUGGAUAAGUAUGGGAUCCAGGCCGAUGCCAGGCUACUCUUCACGCCCCAGCACAAGCUGCUGCGCCUGCAGCUGCCCAACAUGAAACACAUGAAGGUCAAGGUGAACUUCUCUGAUCGUGUCUUUAAGGCUGUGUCAGACAUCUGCAAAACAUUCAAUAUUCGCCACCCGGAGGAGCUUUCUCUGCUGCGCAAACCUCGUGACCCCAAAAAGAAGAAGAAAAAACUAGAGGAGAGUGAGGAGGAGGCUCUGGAGCUGGAAGGCCCUCUGCUCACCCCUGGAUCAGCCUCUGAGGUAAUAUACAUCGGACCUGUGAAAGGGAGCAUCUACUCCAGUCCCGGCCUCUACAGUAAGACCAUGACUCCCACAUAUGACUCUCGUGAUGGCAGUCCACUUUCCCCCACCUCCGCCUGGUUUGGAGACAGCCCGUUGUCUGAGGGCAAUCCUGGCAUCCUUGCUGUCAGUCAGCCCAUCUCCUCACCUGACAUACUGGUCAAACUCUACAAACCUCCAUCUCUCCUAGAUAAGGCCAAAAUCAAUCAGGGGUGGCUGGACUCCUCAAGGUCUCUGAUGGAACAGGACGUAAAGGAGAAUGAGGUUCUUCUCUUGCGGUUUAAAUACCAUAGCUUUUUCGACCUUAACCCAAAGUAUGAUGCCAUCAGAGUAAACCAGCUGUACGAGCAGGCCAAAUGGGCCAUCCUGCUGGAGGAAAUCGAGUGCACUGAGGAAGAGAUGAUGAUGUUCGCGGCCCUUCAGUAUCAUAUCAACAAGCUGUCCAUCAUGUCUUCAGACAAUCAUAUGAAUAACAGUGAAAAGGAGGUGGAUGAGGUGGAUGCUGCACUGUCAGAUCUGGAAAUCACCCUGGAGGGAGGAAAGACCUCCAACACACUGGGUGACAUUACAUCCAUCCCUGAACUGGCUGACUUUGUGAGAGUUUUCAAGCCCAAGAAACUAACACUAAAAGGACCCAAGCAAUACUGGUGCACAUUUAAGGACAUCACAAUCUCCUGUUACAAGAGUCGUGAGGAGGCCCAUGGCAUACCAGCCCAUCAAAUGAACCUGAGAGGCUGUGAGGUGACCCCAGAUGUCAACAUUUCUGGUCAGAAAUUCAAUAUCAAGUUGCUCAUUCCAGUGGCAGACGGCAUGAAUGAGAUCUGGCUUCGAUGUGAAACUGAAAAGCAGUAUGCCCAGUGGAUGGCUGCUUGCCGUCUGGCCUCUAAAGGAAAGACAAUGGCGGAUAGCUCCUAUAACCUGGAGGUCCAGAACAUCCUGUCUUUCUUAAAGAUGCAACACAUGAAUCCAGACCCACAAAUCAUUGAGCCAAUCACAACCGAUAUCAACCCAGAGUGUCUGGUCUCACCACGGUACCUGAAGAAGUACAAGAGCAAACAGCCAGGCUAUAUCAGAGACCUGAUCUCAGCUCGUAUCCUGGAGGCCCAUCAAAACGUGGCCCAGAUGAGUCUGAUUGAGGCCAAGAUGCGCUUCAUACAGGCGUGGCAGUCACUACCAGAGUUUGGAAUCACUCACUUCCUGGCCAAGUUCCAAGGUAGUAAGAGAGAGGAGCUGAUUGGCAUCACCUACAACAGAUUGAUCCGUAUAGACGCCAACACCAGAGAUGCCAUUAAAACCUGGCGCUUCAGUAACAUGAAGCAGUGGAACGUCAACUGGGAGAUCAAGAUGGUAACAGUGGAGUUUGCUGAUGAGCCCAGUUUGUCAUUCAUCUGUGCCGAGGUGGACUGUAAGGUGGUGCACGAGUUCAUUGGCGGCUACAUUUUCCUGUCCACGAGGGCCAAGGACCAGAACGAAUCUCUGGAUGAGGAGAUGUUCUACAAGCUCACCAGUGGCUGGGUCUGAGAAAAAGCUGGGGUUGUGUUGGGGACUGGGUUUUUUUUUUAAUUCAAUUCUUUUUUUCUUGUUUUUUUUUAACCAUGCCAAGAGUCUGUUCACACAGAUUGCUUGAGAGCUGCCACUUUUUGUUGUCGUAAUGCUUACAAAUGCAUUUAUAUCACUAAUGAUCUUGACAAUAAGAACAGUGAGAAUGUUCUCCCUUUGUCAGGGGCUUUAGGUUUCGUUAAGAAAUAUUUAAAGAGUGUAUGAAGUGAGCAGCUACUUUUACAGAGACUGUGGCUUCUUGUUGUUUAGAGUGCUCGGUGUGUGUAGUCACUGCAGUGAUGGUCUGCAUCAUAUAACCAGUUACUGUGGAUGAUGCAGGCACUGUAACUUCAAUUCCAUAAAACCAAUGAUUAUGAAACAUUUUUCACUAACAAUUUAAUAGCUGUCUGUGUGAUGGUUUUAUAGACUUUUUAAUAACCAUUUUUUUAUCAUGCAGCCCAGUAAAAGCUUCUUUAGUACAAGGAGGAAUAUGGUGAUAUGGACAGCUUUUUGUUUUGAAGUGAAGCAAUCCCAUUUCUUUUGACUAUUAGAGAAGAGUGUUUAAGCACGCUCAAUUGGCACAGCAGUCUGACCUGCUAGCUCAUCACCAUUUGAGCUCUCGAGUUUGAUUCUUGGCCGACCAGUGCCUACACAGAUGUGAUUGGCUAGUCUUGGUGAUGGGAGGCCGAAGGGGUUCCUCAUUGCUGCUGAAAUUGCUUCCUCUGCUGGCUGACUCUUCAUACAUGUUACUGAACCUUGUGUGAACCUGCUCUCUACAGGUGAAAAGAGGCAGUUGGCUACUGCACACUGUCAGGUAUAGCCUCCUUGGUCAGAGUACAGGUUGGCAGCAAUGAGGAGUAAUAUAAAUGGGUAAUUGGAUACAAAAAGGAAACCAAAUAUUUUACAAAUACCAAAUCUGUUAUGCUUCCUUAUAGAUCAUUUGCAAGAAAAGCAGGAGAGAACCAGUAACAUCACUGUGUCGGUAACAUCCAAGGAUCUGUGUAGUAAUAUAAGAAGCCCUAAUUUAUGAAUUAUAAGGCAGUGCAGGUAAUCUAGGUGAGUCCAUAACUUACUUGAUACAGAACUGUGGUGUCAUUGGUUCUCAUUUCUUUGUUUUUUUUGGCAUUGAUGUUUCACGGACAAAUAAUGCAAAUUUGUUUGGUGUAGGUCUUUAAGCUGCCUUUUCCAAUGUUAAAAAAAUAUGCAAAUGUUAAAGUUUGCCUGUAAAACCAUCCACGGUCGCUAUUGUGAAGCCUUUUUUAAAACUGUUGCAUGCACACACACUCGCACACAUACAGACACAUGGUUGGACAUAAUUUUUCUUUGCUGUUGUAAUACAUCAUGUCCAGCAAAGUUCAAGCCUUGCCUUUGGUGACUGUCUUUGAAGAGUUUGGCACAUUCUUCUCGCUCUUCCCUGAUCUCUCCCCGCUCUCUACUCUGGUUACCUCGUAACACCUUAAAACUUGCCUUUAAUUUGGACUUUGUGAGUAAAUUGGUACUUUGUCCAGGGUGUUUUGCCCACCAAUAUGCUAAUUACAGAUAAAUAAGAGAACCAAAGUUUGCUUUGAUCAAGUAAACAAUUUGAGUAUUAGUCAAUAUGUAAGUUAGAUCAUAGUUCAGGUGGAAGAAAAUAAAAGUACAGCAUCUUGGCCAUCAAAAUAAAGAUAAAUGAGUUUUUAAAAAAGGGUCAUAAGGGAAAUGUUCCCACAUUAUCUUUGCUGGUCCAGUGACUGCAAAAAUGAUAUUCAUGGCAGUUUUUACAGCAUUAAUUUUAAGCUUGUUUAACGUAUAAUGCCACCUUUUUGUCAUUUACUUGUUAUGUAUAGUUUUCUGAAUUGUUUUUGGUAAUUUUGUCUUUCAUUAGUUCCAAUUUUGAGCAGUGCCAACUUUUUACCUAAUGUGUUACAUAAACAUCAGUUGCCAUUCUUUUUCCCUUUUGUGAACACUACCAUUGAUGAAGGAAUUUAUUUAAUGAAGGAAAUCAAGGCACCAAGCGUUACUCAGCAAAAGUGACUGGAUGCCAACUCACAUUGAAAAAAAAACUUAACACUAAAUGUGAUUUCUAAACUCAUCGUUUGUUGUAUUUUAGUAUGAUCUGUUGAUAUGAAGAUAACAAGCACUUCUCCAGUGAAGCAAAGAUUUUAACACACAUAAGCUGUAGUUAUUUAAUAGACUUUUUUCUGACCUCCUGUUCUGGGUCCUGUAAGGAUGCUCAGCAUGAAAUAACGUAGCCAUGCUCAACACUAAUCAGUAUGAAUUACCUCUUGGCUUUUCCCAAACAGUUUGAAUGCUCCUAAACAUUAUCAUAAAGGCAACAUAAUGAAGGAAUAAUUCCAGCUAUAUGCUCAUUUUCUUAGUGUGUUAUGCUCUACAAACGAUGUCUUGAAGACAACACUAAUCAAAAGCAGGUCUGGCAUGCAGAUUAGUGCCUGUUUAUGCUCAGCUGAGCAUGCAGCCUGUAAACGUUCCUUUUGCCUUUUAGUGGGGUUGUAGGAUGUAAGGAUGUCCAUAAAUGUUCUCGCAGGGCUGCUGUCUCUAAGCAAAAUGAAGCACCUGACUGCAUUUGUUAGAUUUUUCUGUGCAGCUUGUUUUUAUCUUUCACACUUUGUUACACCAUAUGAUAUUAUUGAAAACCUUUAUAGUAUGCACCAGCAAUAGGUCACUGUGUUUAAGGCAGCACAUGCAUUGUCUUUUUUUCUGAAUAUGAAGGAAUGCUAAAUGAAGUGUUAGUUUUUGUAACUAAUGUAAAGACCCAGUUUUAUAGAAUUGUACAGGUAUUGUCUUGUUAUUGCUGCUUUCUUCUGUCAUUUUUUGGAAGUGCAUUUUUUUCCAGAAAAGAAGGAAAAAGCCAUCUUUAAGCAUUGUGUGGUAUGAUGUGUGCCAGCCGAUGUUAAGGUCUUACUGAGUUUUUAAAAGUAAAGUAUAUAUAAAUCUAUAUAUGAUGUGAUGAAGUUUGUCUCAAGCUCCAGGUCUGAAGGAUCAGAUGUAGAUCUAGCUGCUGCCUGUUUCAUCACUACAAUAUUAAAUUGUUGUAAUUUCCAUUUUCUUUUUAGCCUUAAAUUAAAUACAGUUUGUUCAGAUUUGGAGAUUUUUGUUGCUUUUAUGGUUUUAUUAAUUAGCACACAAAUGAAGUAUGUUAGCAGCUGACACUUUUUGAGCCUUUUAUAGAAAAGCUUAUCAUGUGGUCCCAUAUGAAUGGGGUUUUAAGUAAGAAGAACAUUUAUUAUUGCCUGGAGGUUGAGACAGCUUGGCAUAAAAUGAAGUAAAAUAAAGGCUCCCUUUAUCAUACAUUUUAUCCCGUAUUGUUUGUUUUUUUCUUUCUUUGCCUCAGAUAUUAGAAGCAGCAGUGCAUGGCCUGCUGUUUUUGACUGUAUAAAUGCAUUUAUUUUAAAAAAUAAAAAAGGAUUUUUAUUUAAAUA